AUUGAACCAGAAUGGUUUACUAUUGGAAAGCAAAUCGCAUCAAUCUGUGCACUGUGCGAAAAAUAAUUAAUCUUUUUCUGUUGCUCAUAAACCGUUGUCAUUUUCCGAAUAGUGUACAGCAGAUGACGUAUUAGCCUAUUUUAUCAUUCGAAACCUUCACAGAAAGUGGCAGAAAUAAUAGUGAAUAAAUUUUGCGCCGAGGAGAAAAAAUCAUUUCAGAUUCAGAUUCUUCUCCUCCCAUACUCGCAUAUGCCAUGAGUUCUGACUGUUGUGCAGUUUGUGUGUGGAUCUCCACGGAGGAACUUCCAAUCGACCAUCGCUAGUUUUAUAAUUAUAUAACAUCCUUAAAAGGACAUUUACCGAGAAGGAAGGGGCAGACAGUCGGCGUAAAAGCAUACGUACUACUAAGCAAAACGUGGAACGAAUCGAAAGGAGCAAAAUGGUGUGACAUUGUGGAAUUCGAGAAAGAUAAAAAAUUAGGUUGGCUCUAAAAAUAAAAGAAGAACGAACAAAUCGUUUCAAUAGAAAACUGAUAAAAGUGUUAAUUCAAAGAGAGGAAAAAAAGUACAACUCAAGCCUAAGAAGUAACGAACAGAAAACUGAAGCCACCAAAUCCGAGUGCGCACGCGAGAAUUGUGAUGUAAAACAAACAGUUUCGAGUGUUGGGGUUUUCGGAUGUCACAGGAAUAGUUUUUGUACAAUCAUGUAGCUGCGAAUUGGUUGUUAUCUAGUACUAGAAGUUUACUGCAAUUUUUAUCACCUGCCACCCCACCACCCCUAAAAAAGGUGUGCUACUGGUGUUAGUGUAACAAUAAUUUAUAAAAUUAGUAUUUGGAUUCAAUAAUUGAAGCUUGUGGAUAAAAAUAAGUUUGGCAAUAAUGAAGCGACGCGCUUAAGGGAGAACAUGCAGGAGAAGCUUGACCUAUUCUAAAUAUACAUUUCAAGUUUUAUUAGUCUGCUUAGCCGACGACGCAGACGAUUGUAGUGGAAGCGACGGUUGCGAUGAAAUAUAAUUACUUUCGAGACAAUAAUACCGGUUCGGUCAUAUUGUGAUGACACAUGAGGUAAGACUAAAUGUUCGUGUUUUGGUUCUAUGCAGGAAUGGCCCAAAAACUACGUACAAUGUAAAAAAAAGUUAUAGAACCUAAACGUGGCUUUGAAGCUAGACAUUGGAAAUGAUUCGACAAAAUCAGACGGAAGGUUUGCAAAUGGAAUGCACCAAUCCGCUAACGUCACCAGCUAGUAAGCGUAAAAAUGAAUCGGCCUUACGGCAGCUACAGAGCGAUAUGAUGGGGAAAGCUCGUUCGACACUUAGUAGCUUGGGAGAUGUUCUGAAGGGUGGCAAAACCAAUCCAACUCUGUCGAUUACCGGUGCUGAUGUUUCAUACGGAGGGGACAUGAACCCAGAGGACUCCGACUAUCCUCCAGCAGGGACAGGAACGCCCCGUAGUCCAAAAACACCCAAAGACAAAAGUUCGCUAGAUUUUUUCCCCUGGUCCAGAGGCAAAAGUAAGGAUUUUACUAAAUCUUCGAAAAAAGAAAAACUAAGACCACAGACAUCACAAUUGAGCGACGUAAACGAGGAGGAAGCGGAGGAGGAAACCAGAAAAGAUGCUACAGCAGGUGUAUUUAAAAGCACCAUUAAAUCAAAAGCGACGACGACUGGCACUGUAAAGAAGAAUAGCUACGGCAGCAACACAGCGAUCCGUCCUCAGGGACAAUCUCAGCGGAUAAAAUAUUUCUCAGAUUAUGAUGAUGCGCCAGGUGAGACUAGUCAAGACCCCGAAACCAGCCGCUCGAUGGAGGAAGGAAUGCAAUCAAUAGACCGAGAUACGCUAGACAAAUUCUGUGAUAAUCGUCCCAAGUCGUACAACGAAAAGUAUAAUCCCACUUACGACUACAGAGAGGAACAGUAUGACUAUAGUGAAAAAUAUCCAAACGAACAGCCAGUAAAUGCCAAAUGCCUCAGAAAAGUUUCCUCCCCCUCUAGUCCAACCCCAAUGAAGCACAUUCUCUUCAAUGAGGAAAACGAUAUCCUCUACUACAGAGAUACCCAAAGGCCUUGUAAAACUAAAUCACUGAGUGAACAUUACGGUAGAGAAAAACAUAAAAAUGUCCCUACCAAAUCAUUUUCCGCCAAAGAAAGCCGCAGAACCCAGGACUCAACGCCACUGGCAAAUAGGAAAGUUUUGAAAGAUGAAAAAUCCUCCAACCCGUCCCAUUUGGAUGACAAAUAUAGAAUGGCCCAACGGAAUGCCCACAUGAGACCCACACUGUCACGCGAUUACUCAAUCGACUACCGAAAUCCCAUCGGUGUCGAUCCGAAUCAUGAGGGCGCAAAUGCGCGACAACAUCAGUAUCCAGCGGAGGAAACUGGAGCGGACAAAAGGAACUCUAGGAAAAUUUACUUCCAAGAACCGUACGCGGAGGAGAGAGUGAAAUGUGACACGCUACCGCGCAGCCGGAAGCCCACUAAACGCGGUGAGCUGGAUAAGGACACCAACGAGUAUCUGGAUAUGGAUAUGGUACGGCCCCGAAGCGGCAGUCUGGACUCCGAUCUGGAGGUAAUGCUUGAGUCACAGGCAAUGCGAAUUGUUCGAACCGUCGGCCAAGCGUUCGAGGUCUGUCACAAAUUGUCCCUGCAGGACAGCACCGAGCGAGCCGAUGAACACUCGGAAACAUCGCAUUGUGAUUUUUCGGAGUUGGACCGGAACUCGGACAGAUUGAGCGAUGAAGAAGAUAUGAAAAAAGACAACGCGAUGCCCAUCCAAGAGCCACCGCGACAAACCAGGCCUAGUCAUUUGGAGUUAUCACCUUCCUUGAAUCCGUGUCCAGUCCCGGGAACGCUAACUCAGGAGAUCGAAGACGAACGCUUAGAAAAGACACCACUAACUGCUUCUAAGGAAAUUGUAUCGCUGAAAGAACAACUGGAUCAGCAAAAUCUUCAAACAAGACAGAUUCUGGCUCAAUUGGUGCUUGUUCGGGAGCAGCUAAUCACCGAGACCAAUAUUAGAAUAGAAGCACAGACGCGUAUUCAACAGUUGGUGCAACAGAACAGAGAGCUGCUGGAGCAUAUCGCCGCAUUCGGUGGAUAUCACGAGCCUGAUCGACCCGGUAUUUCCUCUACUGCCAUUGGACUUGCUCCUCAGACUCAUCCUCAAACGAUCGGUGAUCUGCUCGGUUCCGGAGGAAACUUGGGCCAGUAUUUCCCAGCGAUGCAGCCCUUGAGUAAUGCUUGCGGAACGACCUAUUCGCAGCUGGCCAGUUUGCACAGUCUGAACACAAAUCUCCAGAUGCCAAACAAAAUGGCGGUUGCGCCUCUCACCACACAGGAUUUGUUUAAAAUCAAUCAAAACAUCUUAAAUCAGUUGACGAAUCCGAACUAUAGCCCCGUAUAUCCACUUUCUCCAGCUAGUUUGAGUGCCAGUCAGCAGCAGCUGGGAAGUUUCGUGUUUGCCAACCAAAAUGCUGCAGGGUUCGCCAGUUUGAAAGCCAGUUCGGAUGAAAACGGAAGUAAGAGAUCCCCUGCCAAUACUGUAAAUAUCGAUAACACCGGAAUGUUACCAACGCAAGAUGUUUCGAAGAAUAACAAUAGAUUAUCGCUGGCAUUUGAUAAUACGAAAAAUACUAGAAAAAUUAAAUCCCAGGAAGACUUAAAACCAAGCGAUCGGUCAACUUCCUUCGAGGGACCACAGUUCAUUAAGCCACUGUCCCAGGUGGGAACGUUAACGACUCUCGAUACCGAUGGGAAAGUUAAAGUUAUAGUGCCCAUCAAUGCAAACGAACAACAGCUCGAGGUUCCGUCCAUGAUGAACCGCAAGUCGACAUCAUUUUCUGAUCUACCGAGUAACAGCAGCAAAGAAAGCAGCAGUAAAAAUAUUUCUAUUCUGAAGGACUCGAAAGAUAAGAAGUCUUCCAUUCCAAGCUUAGUUACAUUGAAGGUGACCGACGAGAGGGGAAUGGUAACGCGUAGGCUACCCGCGACGCCCAGUUUCAUAACGCGAAGCACCAGCGAGAAGGUUCCGAACCGCAGCCAAAUCAUGAGCCAAGUCCAGCGCACACAGUGGGCUCGCCAUACCACGAAAUGAAAGAGAGAGAGAGAGAGGCAAAGCCGAAUCGUCAUGUCGAGCGUAAAUUAUCCGAAUAUAGAGAGCGCAAACUAAAAUGUUAUAAUAAAUUAUUUUUCCUGAAAAAAAUCACUGAUUUUUGAAGCUAGUUCCCUGAGUUUUGACAUUUACAAUUUAAAUCCUAUUGCUAAUUUUGGGUCUUCUGUGGUUUGGAGGCAAAUGCAAAUUGUAAAAUCAUGCCUAUUAAAUUCUUCAACAUUUUCUUACCUUCUUGAUUGUUAGCAAACUGUUAAUACUUAUUUGUCAUUUUUGACACAUGAAAUCAGGGGGGAUCUAUCUGUCAAACAUCGUGUAACCAACAUAUUCGGCAACAUGGUGUUUGUUUUGGUUUUUGUUCUUUUUGAAGAAAAAAUGAAAUUGAUCGAUGUGAAAUAUUAUAGAAUAUUAACGUUUUUUUUUAUCAAAACUCGAGAAACCGCGGAAAACUUUUAUGAAUGUGUUGUGUAGUGAUUUUUUCCUCAUUAUCGUUCAUAGUUACAAACGUCACGAACCAACAAACGUCAUGGACCAGAGCUGAUCUGCGAUAACGCACACAUAUAUGAAAUUUGACAGCAGUGAAUCCCCUCUGCAUGAAAUAUUUUGUUACAUUCUUGACAUGUAUUCUUUGACAGUUUGAAAACUAUUGACAUUUUGUGACAUUUUCAAUUCUAAAGACGAUAGAAAUCCGUUCUAGUACAAGUGGCUUAGUCCUAUUUGUUCAAUCAACAAUUUCGACUGCAAAGCACUGAUCUUGGUGUAAGAAGUACAUCAACAAACAUUGACUAAUUCUCGCAGUCAGUCAGCUCAUAUCCGGGUUACUUCGAUUACCCGUUCGCUACCAACAUGAUAAAAUCGAAUUUUUUCCCCAC